GUUCCACCAAAAGUUCUCUAGUCACUUUGUUUCAAAGGCUGUAGGCCAAGUGAAUAAUGUCAUAGGUGAUUAUGUAAGAACUGGCUUGAAGAGUGAAAAAACAGAGGACAAACUCAGGGCUGGACAAAACAACAGAUACAUCUCACACAUGUCAGUAGACAUGAAUUCUAAACGUAAACAGGACAGAGAGUCUGGUAAACGCUCAGAGUCUCAUGCUGAAAAGAUCAAGGACUCCUCGGCAGCCACUACUAUUCUUGAUAUCAGAGUCCUAUCAGAAACCACUGGCACUAAGGUUGUCAUCCUAACACAAGACAGCCAUGGCAAGCUUACCAAAAUGCAGGAGCUGAGCCCGAGCACCAAAUCUGCCAGUCAAACGGUGACACUGAUUUACACACCAAAAGGUUCACAACACCCAGACGGCCAUUAUGAUGUGUCAAUCAAUAACAAGACUGUGAAAGUAACCACCAAAGAAAAGAGCAGCCUGUUUCACGCUUUGGCACAAGGCUUGAAACCAAAGGCCACAAAAGAAGAGAUUGCCUUGGAAGCAGGCCGUCUCCGAUCUUUGGAGGCCGACACCCUAGUGAAGCACUCAGAUCAAUGGGAGCCUUUCCUCAAGUACAAAGAGAGGACGGAUGAAAUCAGAGGAGGAGACUGGUAUAUGGCAAAGGAAGCUGGACUAAAAGAGACAGUAAAAGAAAACAAAAAGGUGAUCAAGGAUGGAAAAGUGAAAAAGUACAACGACUGGGUAAAAAAUGUAAACAGCAAGCCAAGCACUGGACAGUUCAUCAAAGCAGCUCACCAACCACCAGUGAGUAGUAUAUCGCAAGCUGGGAAAUUGAAUCAGAAUAGCAAGUUAACCAAAGCCAUGCUUGAAGUGGUAACAAAGUCAACUGCUGAUGUGGAAAAUGACAAAGGCCUUGGACUUCCAACUAUUUAUGUACCAACAGAAAUACAACGUGAGUUUCCCAGUACAACAACAAAACAAUUCAGGGAAUUAUUGGCUCGCACAAUCAGCCAGGAUAAUGUUGUGAGUGCCCUAAAACUGACCAUUCUAGGUGCAAUGCCCAGAUUCAAGUUCAAUAGUGCCAAGAACUACAGAGACUUUCGGAACAACCGAGUGAGUAAAACCAGGCUUGCCAUUUUCGAAAAAAACUUUGAGCAACACUCUAAAGAUUUGGUCAACAAAUGGUUCAACCAUCUUCAAGACAAGGGUGUCAUGACAAAGGCUGAUCUUGACACCCUUACUGCAUGGAUCAACAAAAAGGGCUAUGAGAAUCCAACCGACCCACACAGGAAGCAAGUCUCCAACCUCCUCUAAUGCAAAGUGGGAUAUUGACACCUGACAAUAUGGUGCUCAAAGAAGUCAGGAAAACUACAGAGGUCUACAUACUUGUCAUGACGUUCGUGUAGACACCUGUCGGUAUUCAUUUUAAGAAUUGUUUUAUGGGGAUUUGGUAAAUUUAUACUGUUUGGGAUUUAAAGAUAUAUCUUAUCAUACAUUGGAAUUUAGUAUUCAAAUAAAAAUAGAAGAGUUGCAACUUGCUACAUAACCCAAAGAUUACAGCAAGCAUAUGUUAUCCUAUGUAUUUCACAUGUGUUUUAGAAAACCUGUUUUAAAGUAAGUCUGAAAAAGUGAAUUCCAUGGUAAAAUAUUUUGUCUGCCAUUGGUUAUUCAGAUCUCUACAACAAUCAUACAUGCCAUCAAGAAAUCUAAAUUUGUAAUCAGAGAAAUCCUAAAUGCUGUUCUGCGAUGGGAUAAGUGUAUUUCAGGCUAAGUUGUGUUUAUUGUUGCUUAUGUCACAUUUAAAAUGGGAUUUUCUAGCCUUUUAACUUUGAUUGUAUUAACUUUAAAAUUGAAACACAAGAGAUACUCUGAUGCUUUCUGUAGUAACCACAUGAUUGAUACACAAUGUUGUUAAACUAAAGAGCAUUAAUCUAUUCCAAUGUGAUCCUCAACUAUAAAUUAAUUUUUUCUCUUUAUUUUACUUCAUUUUAUUUGAAUGUGUUUAUUUUGGGGUUUGGGUGAAGGUGUGGUGUGGGUGUGGUUGUUGAACUGUCAGUAUGUGUUUUUCAGACAUAUGGUAUAUAUACACUGUCUGACAUUUAUCAUACCUCGAUAUAAUCUUCAGCUGUUUUACACAAUGAAGAAUUUGUUGAUGUUCAUUAUGGUUUUCAAAACUUAAUAACAAAGUUUGUGAAAUUGUAAUACUAGAAGACUCAAUGUCAGUCAUGAUCCCAUAAACUCUGAUCCACUGGACUGACUAGUUUAACUCUCUACAAUGUCACUUAAACUAAUUUCUGAUCUUCCUGUGCACGUAUAUUUGAGAUUUAUAGGGUACUGUAUACCUGACAUUCUAAUCCCAACCCUUAAUCUGCACUGUCUAUUCCUUUAUAGGAUGUUCAGUCGUACAUUCUUUGGCUUAUCGGGGGCUGUGUGAAAAUCUAAAAAUAAAUAAAAUUAUCCACAACAUAA